UACCCCGAUACUUACACGGUGUCCGGUAUUUUCAGUCUGCCAUACACGAAUAUCUACGAGCCUGUCGAAGUCUUCACAGAUCGGCCCAACAACCGACAAGCAGUGAAGUACUAUGGAGGGCAAGCGUCCUACAUCUAUCUCGGCGUGGGUACCGAGAAGCAAGUGUCAUACGAGUCGUACAUUGCGGGCUAUGAGGCUAAGUGCGCGAGAUCUGUGAAACGCGGAGGACCAUCAGUCAACGAACGCACCAAGUAUCCAGUUUCGUUUCUUCCUGACUUGACAACUUUCGAAUACAUCGGACAGACUGAUUGCGGCAAAGCGAAAGAGGGCUACAUGUGCCACAAAUGGAUGAAGAGUGGUGACAUUCUGCAGAGAACCAACCACUAUACGUUCCUGGCUCUGACCGAUGGUGUGCAUACACCGGUGGUCUACGUCAUGAUGGGAUACGAUGCGGCCUUUGCAAGCCACUACGAUUUGUACCGUAUUGUGUACUCAGACUUCGUUGCUGGCGUCGCGGACAAUGCCUUCGUGAUACCGGAGAAUUGCCAUAAGCCCAAGAAGCCCACACCGAAGCAGGCGGACCAUCAUCAGCUGCUUCUGAGCGAGAUUACCCACCUCAUGCACGCUGAUGACGAACACAUAAAAGCCAUGUUUGCAGACUUCACUGAUAAGCACAAUAGACAGUACACUACCCUUGAAGAGCACAACAAGGCCCAUGACCAUUUCCGUCGCAAUCAUGCCCUGGUGAACUCAAUGAACAGGAAACACGAUGGCGUGCUAUAUGCCGCCAAUCACUUCAUGGAUCAAGACGUCCUGACGACUCGAUACAACGGAUAUAAGCCUGUAUCUGAGGCACAGAGAGACCAAGCCACAGUGCCGUAUGAAUCAAUUACUGAUUCUAAUAAAGCGCUACCAGACAACGUGGACUGGCGUCGUGAUGGUGCCGUAUCCCCUGUUAAGGAUCAAGGAGCAUGUGGAUCAUGCUGGAGUUUCUCGGCAGCCCAGACUAUAGAGAGUCACUGGUUCAUCACCACUGGGCAACCAGUGCUACUGUCGGAGCAACAGCUUGUAGACUGUAUUUGGGAUAAGGAGUACGGAAGCUCUGGCUGCGAUGGUGGCGAUGAGACAAUGGCCAUGAAAUACGUCCAAGAUGCUGGUGGUUUGAUGUUGGAGACUGAGUACACAUAUAGAAUGCAGGAUGGUAUGUGCAAAAUUCCGAAGGGUGAACAAGUUGAGAAUCCAGGAGCGCGUGUAAAGAACGUCGUGAGCAUACCUUCAGGAGAUGAGGAGACGCUGAAGCAUGCCGUUGCAACUAAGGGUCCGGUUUCCAUUGCGUACGAUGCCUCCCACCCUUCGAUGACCUUCUAUUCAGAGUGA